GGCGCGCCCCUAGGUCCCCUUCCCCCCUGCUCCCUACGCGUCCCUAGUCACACGGCACUCGCCCUCGCCGGCGCGGCGGCCUUCCUUGUCCUCCGGACCCCCGCCCUCCUCCCACUCCGCAGCUCCCCAUCCAGACCCCUAACUCACGCGUGCCCUAGUUGGCUAGUAGCCAGUCGCGUCGGGCGGGUGCCCGACCCAGCUGAGGACGGUGGCGGCGGCGCACCAUUGCCGGCCUCUACCUCUGGGCGCCCGCGGCACGAAGGUACCGGGCACAGGCCGCAGGCAAUCAUCUUAUAGCUAACACCGACAACAGCUUUUUUGAACUCCGGAAGGCGCAAACCCACACUUCUCCCAUGGAUGACGUCGGCGGCGCCUCCCCGGAUCACUACGGCGGAGGCGGGGGAGGAGGAAGCAUCCGCCUGGUCUGCGACAACUGCGGCGCGGCGGAGGAAUACAACCCCGACGACGCCGAGGACGGCUUCUUCUCGUGCCGCCAGUGCUCCGCUGUCCACACCUCCACCCAGGCGACUGCCGCGGACCCCGAUGAUUUCCAUGUCACCGGCGCCAUGUCCUUCCACCGAGUUAGCCAAGCCAACAAAACCCCCAAAUCCCGCACCCCCGCACCCUACCCAACCCCUUACCCCACUCGGCAGCCCCCUGCUGCGACUGACUUCGAGGAGCCGCGCGACUUUGUGACUGGCGCCGAGGCUUGGGGCGAGCCAGAGGAGCUGGGUGCUCGGGUCCGGUGGCGCUACAUGCAGGGGCUGCAGGUGAUCCUGCAACAGCAGCUGGAAGUGCUGGUCAAGAGGUACCGGGUGGGCGCGCUUGUCUGCGGCCUGGCUGGAACUAUCUGGGUGCGGUGGGUUGCUACCUCCAAGGUGUUCGACGAAAUUUGGGCGUGGAAGGUGCUCGCAGAGGACGAGGCUGCGCAGAGACUGAAGUGCUCUGCCAGUGGAGGCGAACAGAAACCUCAAGAGGUGAAAUGUGAAUGGGGGGAUGAAGCCUUGCCACGCAAAGACAGGCGAAGGGUUGAGUUCAUCUUUCUGCGCUCAUUGAGAAUGAUGCUGCCAGUGUACUCAACAUUGUCCGUAUGUUUCCUGGCAUGUCAUAUUGCCCGGGAAGCCAUCCUACCGACUGACAUCUAUAGGUGGGCAAUGGAGGGUAAGCUUCCUUAUAUGGCAGCAUUUACCGAAGUGGACAAGCUUCUUGGGAGCUCUGUAAAACACUGCCCUUUGAGUGCAAGGCAACUAUUCAGACCAGUCCGAGUGAUUGGAACAUGGCAACUGGAAGCUGCAGCUGGGUCCAUAGCACAACGAAUAGGAUUGCAGCUUCCUUCAGUUAAUUUCUAUGCUAUUGCUCAACGCUACUUGAAUGAGUUGUCUCUGCCGAUAGAAAGAAUCCUCCCUCAUGCUUGCCGCAUCUAUGAGUGGGCAUUGCCUGCAGAACUAUGGUUGUCUAGUAAUCCAUUAAGGGUCCCCACACGGGUCUGUGUAAUGGCUAUACUAAUAGUGGCUCUAAGAGUUCAGUAUAACAUCAAUGGUCAAGGGAUAUGGGAGGAGAUUUGUGAGACAGGAAGAAAUGCAGAUGGGUCUGAUCCAGAUGCAAAUUUACCACCAUCUAAGAGGCCUGAAGGCGGCACUAGUGAGGAAUUCGGCACAAGGGAAUUGCUAUGCACUCUUGCAAGUGCCUAUGAUAAAAUUGAUGUUGCGCAUGACUAUUCAAAGGACCUUCACUCUUAUCUCAAAUACUGCAAAGAUAUUGUUUUCCCUGGAAUUGCAUGUUCAGUUGAAGAGGAUCACUUAGUAGAGAUCUUUCAGGAUAUGUACAAAGGACGAGAGGAUGGGAAUCCAAAAGCUCGCAUGGAGGAAAGGCGAACCACGAAUGGAGUGAUGAAUAAACGAUGUCGUGAUGGAACUUCUGUUGGUGCAAGGAGCUUUUGUGCAUCAUCAUCAGAGAUGCAAAGGAUUAAGUCGGAAAUGGAAGAUCAUGGGUUUUGUUAUCUGCCGCCAAGGAAGUGGCUUAGAUCAAAUGGCUACCUUCACUAUAGAAGGAAGACGAUAACCGGUAGUCUUGUUUGCAUCGGACAUGCUGAUUAUUACGUGUUGAUACGCUCAUUUGCAAAGCUUGCAGAAGUUGAUGUUAGGGUUCUGCAUACCAGUGUGCUAAAACUCGAGAGGAGACUUGCCUGGAUAGAAGAGCGAAUAGGCAGAAGCUUAGAUGCCUUGCAGAAUCCACCUAUUAGCUAAGUUUUUUUUUCUAUCUACCUAGUUAAGCUAAUGAUGCGUGAAAGACGUGUUUCUUUUUCGAGCAAAAGGAAAGGACAUGUUUUCAUGCUGAAGGUUUUAUGGAUUGUUGUACCAUGCCAAUGUGGCGAGUCAGUAUAAGAAGUUUUACUCUUUCC